ACCCCGGGAUUUUAGAGCUGGAGGAGUUAAUCCUCUCCGGGAUUUGGGGCUGUAGGCCACUUUGAGGGAGAACGCUCCGGAGUUUCAGGGAGGGGAUUCCUCUCCGGAGUUUGGAGCUGGAGGAGUUAAUCCUCUCCGGGAUUUGGGGCUGUAGGCCGCUUUGAAGGAGAACGCUCCGGAGUUUCAGGGAGGGGAUUCCUCUCCAGAGUUUGGAACUGGAGGAGUUAAUCCUCUCCGGGAUUUGGGGCUGUAGGCCGCUUUGAAGGAGAACGCUCCGGAGUUUGAGGGAGGGCAUUCCUCUCCGGAGUUUGGAACUGGAGGAGUUAAUCCUCUCCGGGAUUUGGGGCUGUAGGCCGCUUUGAGGGAGAACGCUCCGGAGUUUGAGGGAGGGGAUUCCUCUCCGGAGUUUGGAGCUGGAUGAGGUAAUCCUCUCCGGGAUUUGGGGGACUCCGCUCCGGAUCUGAGCUCCGGGUUUCGCGCCGCCCCAGGCCUAGGCUCUUUUGCUGCUUCUGUCGCCGUCGCCGCCGCACGGAGACGCGACGCGGAGAACAUCGCGACGAUCGAGGCCACGACCCUCGGACAGGACCGCGCCGAGACUCUCCCUUGUCGUGUGACUGGAUGAAGAGAUGGAAAAGGCCAGCAGUACGGGCUGCUACCUUGGAGAGGACGUCUGUCGAGAGUGGCACCUGAACGCACACUCCGUCCUGGUCCUGACAUGUGAAGGAAGUAUUGGAGAAAAGGGUUUCCGGAAGAAGCUGGAAGGGAUGGUGUCUGCGAUGUGUCGCAUGCUGAAAAUAGGUGGCGAUGAUGUGUCGUUGAAGAUGGUGGAGCCGUGGAACAGCGUGCGGGUGACCUUCACCAUUCCGCGAGACGCCGCCCAGCGUCUGCGGCAGCUGGCGCAGGGAAAUCCCCAACAGCUCCGUGAGCUGGGCAUUCUCUCGGUGCAGAUAGAAGGAGAGGGAGUCGUUCGUCUUGCGCCAGUGCAGACGCAGCACUUGGAAAACAGAAGCAGCGGUGCAGCCGCGGCCUCUGCAGCUGCCGCCUCGUCUCUGCCGAACCCCACCGCGGCCCCCGCAGGGCGCGGCAUGCAGAGUGUGCCAGGAUCCCGUCCACCAGGGCAUCAACCUGCUCCUGUGAUGUGGAGCCGAAUGCCGGGACAAUCAUACAGUCACAUGCAGCAUGGCAGCAUGCAGCAGGGUAGCAUGCAGCAGGGCAGCAUGCAGCAGGGUAGCAUGCAGCAGGGCAGCAUGCAGCAGGGCAGCAUGCAGCAGGGCAGCAUGCAGCAGGGUAGCAUGCAGCAGGGCAGCAUGCAGCAAGGAAGCAUGCAGCAAGGAAGCAUGCAGCAGGGCAGCAUGCAGCAGGGCAGCAUGCAGCAGGGCAGCAUGCAGCAAGGAAGCAUGCAGCAAGGAAGCAUGCAGCAGGGCAGCAUGCAGCAGGGCAGCAUGCAGCAGGGCAGCAUGCAGCAAGGAAGCAUGCAGCAAGGAAGCAUGCAGCAGGGCAGCAUGCAGCAGGGCAGCAUGCAGCAGGGCAGCAUGCAGCAGGGCAGCAUGCAGCAGGGCAGCAUGCAGCAGGGCAGCAUGCAGCAGGGCAGCAUGCAGCAGGGCAGCAUGUCGGGAAUGGCCAUGCAAACGUUUCAAAACAAUGCACAGGUGCCAAGCCAAUUUCACAGACCCAUGAUGACCCCUAGCACAGCCCCUCCUCAUCCACCCCCACCCUAUCCUUUUGGCAGUCAGCAGGUUUCAGCCGGGGUACAGUCACAUUUUAUGAUGGCUCAUUCAUCUUCUGCUCCUAAGAUGUCUCCUAUGCUUCAAAAUAAACCCAGCGGUAAUGCAUUGCCUCCUACUUCCCAAGCAUCUCUACAGCAAGGACCGCCCCCAGGUCACAUGACGCAUUACCCGCCAGUCAUGUCAUCUCCCAUACAGCCACAGCGUCGCCUGGAGCAACCCGGGGUGAGGAAUCGGUUGCCCUUCGGGAUGUCUGCAGUCCAGUCCAAUCCGGGAGGGCCCGCUCCAAAUCAUGAGAACAUGGCCCCUGUACCAACAACCAGUCAAAUGGAAAACCGUGGUCACAUGCAGAGCACCCCCUACCACAUGACACAAAACGCCGUAAAGUUUGAGGUGCAUCACACGGCUCAAGGACCGAUGCAGGCAAGCGUCGGGGAGGCGGCCGGUGCGGCUCCUGCCGCCCUCGGCCAUGCGCAGCAGGAGAGUCAAUCUGCUUCCCGCGGGAACAAGCCCGUGCCAUUCCAUGGAUCUACUGCCGUUUCUACAAUAAAGGAUCAGAGACUAAUGAAUGCAGCUGACAUGAGGGAAGCAGCUAAAGAUUCAAUGAAGCAGAAUGCGGGAUUGCCCAGAGUUGCCCACGUGGUGCCCACAAAGCACGAAGGAGACGGCAGAGGCCCGACGGGGAGUCAGCAGACGCUGGGCAACGUGGGUAACGUGGGUAACGUUCCCCGGGGAGCGAUGGGAGCCCAGCAGGACAAGGGCCCCCCCACUCCUCGAGGACAGGCCAAGGCUGCGGUGACCCAGCUGGAGUUGGGUAGCUGCCAGCCAGGUCAGGUGGCGUCUGCCGGGAGUCAGCGCGAGGUGGGAGCCUACGUUCGGAGAGCAGCUGCAUCUGGUGGGGGGCAGCAGGACGUACGAAACGCAUCUUGGGGAUCUUUAGGAAACCAGUCGUCGUCGGAGAUUAACGCUGCUGGAUCCAGCCAAGUUGUUGCGUCGGGAAACCAGCAGGACGCGGGCAACGCUCUUCACAGACAGAGCGAUGCGCAGUUCGAUGGUUUGAGUCAAAGCCAGGUGCCCGUGUCUUGUAAUCCGGUCGGUGCGCAACGAGAAGAACACCCUCCUAACACAAUGGCGAAAACCGAAGUACAGUUGGUAACAACAACAAAGAGUCAAAUGGUUGCGUUGCAAAAUCAGGUGCCCGGUGCACAGGGACAAGUGAUGAAUGUUACUUCCCAUAUAAGAGCUGUGACGAGCGCUUCUGAAAGUGUGCCGGAGUCGGUAGGCACGGUGGAGAAGUCGUCUGCUACGGGCCACGGCAACGUGCGCAAGUCGCCUUGCGCCGCCCUAACGCAGCAACUGAUUACGGGCGUCAGCCACGGAAACCCAACCCCGGAAUUUCAGGGGAGGGGUCAAGGAGCGUCGGCCGGAUCCGCGUCGGAACAGGCCGAGGGCCAGGAGCAGGGCGGCCGCGGUCCCAGAGUCCGUAGCGCCGGGACGCCGGGGAGUGACGCCUGCCCUCCUGGCGCUCCGUUGGAGCCGGCCCUCGUCGGUGAGCGCGCGUCGCCGACGUCCGGCGGCGUGGUUGUCGGCAGGUUUCCGGCCCCCGCUCUACCCUACGGUUUCUCGGCAGGCGCCAUGAACCCCACGUCGGCGGCGGCCGCGGCCGCCGCGGCGGCCACCCGGGCGCAGGCGGCGGCGUCGCUCGCGAACAAGGACGUCACCCUGACGAGCCCGCUGCUCGUCAAUCUGCUCCAGAGCGACAUCACCUCGUCACAGUUUGCGCACGGGAACAAGCAAGGGGCCAACGGAGCAAACCGGAAGAAACCAGUGAGGAAUCAAAAGAAGAAAAACCCUCCUGGUCGCCAGGACAAAGUACAGUCCAGCUCCGAUGGGGACGCUGCGCUUGAUGUGCAGCUGCAAGAAAAAACUAAAGUGGAGCCCAGUGAGGAUCACGAAAACACAGCUCAGCAUGGUGUGAGCAUGCAAGGAGCCAGCAGUAAGAUGAACGAGCAGCAUCAGUCGGAUGUCCAGUCCUCGUUUCAGUUGAACGUGCAGCGCGACGUUGCCGACCCUACACGGGAAGUCUCAGAAAUGACGGAGCAUCACUUGCCACAGAAGCAGAAUGUGUUUGACAGCUAUGACCCCAGCAGCGCCACACUAGAGUUGCCUAUGUCUGGCCCUCCUGCUACAUCGGGACAUGACCUACAGCCGCUGAAACCUCAAGUUGCACCAACUAUAUUGAACCCUGUGGAAAUCCCACGGUCCCUUCCACUUUAUGGACCAUCCGCUAUGUACUCUGCCGGGCAAAAUGCACCGAUUGGACCAAAUAAUGCAGCCGUUUGUGAAAAGGGGCCUCAGCCUUUGGGUGCCGAUGUUGCUGGCUCUAGCAGUUUCUCUCAAGAAAAAUCUGAAACGAUUAUGCCUUCCAUCAAGGAGGAAAGUUGUGCGAUGGUAGAAAAUAAACCGAAUAAUCACUUUGGUCGAGACGAUCACUCCAAAGCGAGACACCUUCAGACAUCCCCGACUGCUUGCGCUGGUUCUGCAGCUUCACCCUUUUCCCAGGGGCAGUCUCUGCCAGCGGCAAAUAUCAAAUUUGGUGGAAGUACCAGAGAUUUGUCUCAACUGGCAUCACCUGGUCAGAUAGGGCAGCAGGGGAACACAUCUGUUCAAAUUUUACACGGAGGAACUCGAAUAGCAUUUUCCUCUAACACCGUGCCUUCCCAAACACCACUGCCAGUGUCUAGCUCUCAGCACCAAGCACUCAGUGCACCAUUAGGUACUCUGCAAACGUCCGUCUCUAGGCCCAAGACUCCAAACCGCGCGAGCCCUCGCCCUUAUAACGCAAUACCGCCGUCUUUCUGCCCACCUAGCACCGAGCCAUCUGAGAUCAGUCUCUCUCCAGAAAGACUGAAUGCAUCGAUAGCGGGCCUCUUUCCACCACAAAUUAAUGUCCCGUUGCCUCCCAAACAACCCUGUCUCAAUGCACGGACUUUGGAGCAGCAAGGGCUUAAUCCCACGACACUGAAAGCCAUAGGGCAGGUUCCCGGCAACCAGUCUGCAUUUCCACAGAUGCCGGGAGGUGUGAGCGUCAAGUCGGAGGAGCCCUACCAAGAGAGGCAGACCAGUAUCGGCGUCAAACGCAGUAGCCCGAGUUCAAGGAAAGGUACGCAGUGCACCGUUAAGAAAAGCAUCCCCAGUCCGAAUAGAAAACUAAGUGUGACGGGUACGCGGAGAGCAGGAGACAGUCCCGGAGCACAGAUCAAUAAACACUCCCUGCAGCAUAGCAUCCUGACAAGUGCACCCGACAAGAAUGCCUCUUUCAUGAAUGAGCCACUGGUUAGAAAUAUCUAUUUGCCGACAUUGCCCAACUUCAAGUCCAGUGUUCCAGCUGCUGAGCCGUUGGUGGCUGAAGUAACACCGACGAGCAUUCCACAAAUGAAGAGCCCUUCAUCUCUCCUGCAGCCGGGUGUUGGAGAAAAUAUUCUUAAACACAAUCUGUCGUACGCUCCCUUGCCCUUCACUGCUAGCACGACACCUUCCCCGUCACUGUCCAGUGAAUUGGAAAAUCCCGCUGUUGCUUCUGCACACAAGCCUCCUCUGUGGCCAACACCUUCUAAUUACGAAGAGUGCUUUGCUGGAAAUACAACACAGCCGGCGAUGGGUUUUGGUACACGCGAGUCUAAAAGUGUCGACUCUGUAGUGUCCGAUGAAAAAACCGCAACUGUAAUUCAUUCCAGCAAUGCGUCGCUUCAAAUACACACUAAAAGUCCCGAAAGAAACAACGGAAAUGGAGAUGCUCUGCAGCUGUUGAACAGUGAGGCAACUAAUAAACACGAUGCCAAGAUUUCUUUCCGGGAAACAAAUGAACCGAUCGCAACGACCUUAAUGGUAAACCCAACAGAGAGACCAGAGGAGCAGAGUUGCUCCUCACUAGCUGAUGGCAGUGUUGUGGAUACCCACGCAAAGCCUGUCCACGUGAUUCCACCAGAGAAGCGUGGUGCUGCAGAUACGUCAUCGAUGAAAAAUGACAGUAGUUUGUCUUCACCUCCAAGCUGUGCACAAGAUCAGAUGGUCUCUGAGAAAAUGGACAAUGUUGACAUUUUAUGUAGCAGUGAUACUACCAACCCCGUAAGUAGUGAACCUUCAACAAGCAAAUCCGGUUCUAUUCCCGUAAUUGAACCAUCUAACACCGGCGAAAGAGAAAAAGAAUCGAACUCGACGAAUGUGAACGAAGCUGUUGUCCAUUCUGCGGUUUCUAAAACCGAGCAGCCAGAGCAGAGUACUGCUCCCCAAGAUGUGACCGUCAAACAUGAGUCUGAUUCGAAUAUAACAUCAUGUGACAUCCCAUCCUCGAUUUCAUCAGAGUCUGCUAAAUCAAGUGCGCCUGUAGAGUCGCCUGCAGCUAAAUCGUCUAUGGACGUGUCACCAGAAAGGAAAAAUGCAGAAUUUCCAGAACCUGACAAUAAAUCUUACUUGGAAUCUCAAUCAUGCCAUACGUCGGCAAAUGACCAACAAGCUACUUCCGACGCUUCCAAGGUCGCAAGUUCUUCAUUUGUCUCGGAAUGUAGCUCUUCUGCUGAAUCUACAAUCGGCUCUGGAAUCAUUCAAGAUGCUGGUGCUGUUCCCUGUUGUAAAAAGUCACACCGUGCCAAAACGCCAUUUGAAAGUGGAAUUGGAGAGCAGCUGGAGUCGAGUGAGAAGGAUGAACCGAGUGCCAUUACUUCCGUUGAGAGCCAGUCUCAACUCGUGGGGCCAACGGACAACACAGCGGUUUCAACUGAUGUGACACUGGAAGAUCAUUCUUCAACUUCUACAUCAGAUGACGCUGGUACACAAAGCCAAUCCAUAGAUGUGGUGAGCAGUUCCAUCCAAGAGGCAGCAGCUGGCGAGAGUGCAGUCGACACAGCGGGUGACAAGAGCGGUGCACCUAUGGAGAGUGAAUUAAGUGCAAAAACUACUGUGGAGGUGGAUAAAACGUCCAGGAAUAAACAGAAGGAAAAGGACCCGGACGACUCCGGAGUGCAGCAGGAGAUGGACGUCUUGCAACGAAAGAGAUCAACGCGAUCCGCGUCCUACUGCGUGGCGAGAGAUAUAUCUGCGACUGGAAGUCACGCACCGUCAAAAAGGAAAAAGAAAUGAUUUUUUGUUUAAGGAAGGCGUUAGUAUUGAGUCGUGUAAUUAGUAUAUUUUAGUUACGUUUUUAUGUGAGCAUUAAAUGUCCGUUUUGUACAAAAUCUCACCUCACGUUAGCAUUUUAGGUAUUUUCAACGCUUUUGUACUUAGCGAUCAUUUUACGUGGUAAUACACAAAAUUACGCUCUUUUUGCACUACCAUCUGGAGAAAUCUUAUGUAGGAGAUGAAGUGAUGCGUAUGGCCUGAGUGCGCGCACACAGGUGUGUGGAUUCACCGCUCUUGAGGAUCACUCUUUCACAUUGUGCUGAUGAUGCCACUGCCGACUGAAAUGAUCCUGGAAACACACAGAUAUAUUCACGCACCAUUAUCAGUAACCUUGCUAUUGGUACAACAAUAUUUAUUGCUAAAGUUCAGAAUUGAUUACCGAAGUUUUUUUUUUUAAAGAAUCGUAAUGAUUUGUCCGGGUCAACAAGUUCCAGGUAGUGCCCUUAAUUCAGAUGUAGUCAACCACUGGAAGCAGGGACAAGUGAUGAAAUAUUUAAUAAAUAAAAAAAUAGGGAACUAAGGCUAUAAUAAUAAAUGAUUGUGCCGUUUUAAUGUGUUUUUUUGCUUAAAGUUUUUGACUACGCAACGUGCAUUUCACAGAUGACAUGAAUUUGUAAUGAGAGAUGCAUGCAUAUAUACAGUCGUACACGUUACCCGUGUUUGCAAGGCUUUUAAGACGUUAGCAUAUUUGACUCGUGGGCUACAAUGCUGGCAUUCUGUGACGAACUCCUUAUGUAAAGACGUGGGGGGGCGUACACGCGGGGUAGAGCCCGACGUGUUGGGACCGCCUUGACUCGCCCCUCAGCCAGCGGCGAUGCGCUUCGCGUGGUGAGUGCAGGGUCCUAACGGCUCGGCCGGUCUUUUAUGCAAAAACAACUGGAAAUAAAAGAACAUUCCUUGAGAGAUUCAA